AAUGAGUGAUGGAGGAAAAGAAAGAUCCAAAGGAGACGAAAAGUAAUGGGAAGACGAAGAGUGUGGCUUCGAUUCCGGCUAACUACGUAUCAAUUCUUCAGCUUCAGGAGCGUUGGAAGAAGGAGAAAGAGCUGAAACAAAAGGGAAGAGAGAUUGUAGAGAGAGGCGUGAAGGCAAAGGUUAAUGGACAAGGAAGGAAAGACGAAACCAUAGAGAAAGGAGUUGAGGUAUUUGCAAUUGUGAGCACGAAGGACGAAGAUGGAGGAGAUUUGAAGGAGAGAAAGAAGAAAUGGUCCAAGAAGAAGGUGAGCAAGAAGAAUCAAGGUGGAUCUGUGGAGACUAAUCUGGUGAAAGAGGAAACUCAGGGAGAGAUAAUAGUUCAAAACAGAGAGAAUGCUGCUGAUAGUAACUUGAUCAGUGUAGAAACUCAGUUUCAGCAACGAGUAGAAGAGGAUGGAAGAGAUAGGAAGGUCAAGGGACCUGUGAGAUUGAACAGUGGAAAAGGGUAUUACCGUAAUCAGAAACAUGAUUGGUCGGCUACACGUGUUAUUAAGGCAUCAAGGGCUAUGGUGUGGGUGAAGAAGGGGGAGAAUGAUGCAGCUGUUGGUAAGCAUUAGGUCCAUGUGUAGGGUUUGUAUCAUGUUCCUUUGAGAAUGCAUUGUAGCGGUGUAUGUAAUCGUAUAUAAUCUUAAGAGCAUGGUUCCCUUUAAGUGUUGUGCACACAUCUGCAAGUACUAGUCUAUAUAUGACUACUGCUGAAUCUGAGACAACUAUUGAAGACACCUCUUGUUAAGCCAUUAUGGUUGAGUUUGAACUAAGAUUUAUAUGUUAUACGGUAUAGAG